AUGCCUGAGGCGAAGGAGCUGAAGAUGACGUUCUCCUGGCUCCUGAUUCUUCUUCUGUGCAGCGUGCAGACCGCCAGCAUAGCCAGACGGGACGUCCCCCAGCCCGUGGAGUACGUUGCGACCGGAGCGUCGUUCUUAUUUCCUGGAAUGGAAUUGGAUGAAAAUACGAUGCAUGAGCUGAAGAAAAAGGGAGAUCCGAGCUGGGUGGCAGCGUACCACAACUGGGACAUGCUGCACGACCACUACAAAAACCGAGCUAAAUUCCUCAACGGAUCCUUAUCGCUUGCAAACAUGACAAAGGAAGACAGCGGGACCUACGAGCACCUGGUAAAUACCACGGUCCGCAGGACUUUCAGCAUCGCUGUCAUUGAUCCAGUGGAUGUGCCUGUUUUAUGGAAAGAAACCAGAGAGGAAAAUCAGAUACUGCUACAUUGCGGUGGACAUGGAGGAGAGCCGUUAAACACAACUUUUUAUAAACAGGGCGUUGAAAUAAAAAGCAGUAUCACAAGGGAUUCCAACGACACCGUCCUGCACCUUAAUGGAGAGGACCAGCUCUGCGAAGGAGUGUAUACGUGUAAAACGGCCAACCCCGUCAGCCAGGAGAUCUCCGACGAGGUGGAAGUAAAUUCUCACGACUGCGAUGCAGUUGGGAAGAGAAUGCACAGUAACUGGAACUAUUAUUACUUCUUAAUCAUCUCCGUAGUGUUCGUCGUCGUCGUCGCCAUCGUUGUUUAUUUAAUAUGCAAAAGAAUAAAAAAAAGACCUCCGACUAGAAGUUUUUCUGGACAAAGUGGUAAUGAAGAAAGGCAGCAAAUGUUAGCGGAUUCAUGCUGCAAUACUGCUGGCAAUUCAACAAUUUCCAUACCUGACAGGGAACCUAUUCACAGCCCCGGAACUCGGGAUCCUGAUUACAGAGCUGGAGAUCCUAACGGAACGCUGGAUCCUGAUUACAGAGCUGGAGAUCCUAACGGAAGGCUGGAUCCCGAUUACAGCGCUGUGGAUCCCGAUUACAGCCGUGGGGAUCCUAACGGAACUCUGGAUCCCGAUUACAGCCGUGGGGAUCCUAACGGAACUCUGGAUCCCGAUUACAGCCGUGGGGAUCCUAACGGAACUCUGGAUCCCGAUUACAGCCGUGGGGAUCCUAACGGAACUCUGGAUCCUGAUUACAGCCGUGGGGAUCUUAACGGAAAGGUGGAUCCCGAUUACAGCCAUGGGGAUCCUAACGGAACUCUGGAUCCCGAUUACAGCCGUGGGGAUCCUAACGGAACUCUGGAUCCCGAUUACAGCCGUGGGGAUCCUAACAGAAAGGUGGAUCCCGAUUACAGCCGUGGGGAUCCUAAGGGAACUCUGGAUCCUGACUGCAUAGCUGGAGUUCCAGAGACCGCUGAAGUAAAAUGAUGGGAGGGCGGUUGGGUAGGGUAACCUUCUCUGCUAGGUAGGGUAUUGUAUACGCUGUAAUUUUUCACAGGUCUACGAGUCAGAUAACUGCAGGCCACAUCUGGCUGCCAUGUGCUUCCCGAAGCCGAGGCAUGGAGUGCGUAGAGAUAAAUGUUGGCCAUGUGACUUAUUCCUGGGAAUGGCUCUGUAUUCCCAGCGUCCAAACAGCUCCAAACUCUUGAUUCGAACAUAUGGGAGAAUCCUGUGGCUGACCCAAUAUAAUGCAUAAUUUGGGGAGAUUUCUCGCGGUUUCAGUAAUGUAACACACACAAUAUGCCUUACAUGUAGAAUUUGUUAGCAGGUUAGAGCCCAUUCAUAUAAUGGAGUAGAGUCUGGGAGUGAAAAUAUUUACCUCCACCCACCUGAGAUGGUCCUUUUUGAACUAAAGUUUCAGGAUUUGUUAUAAUUUAGAAAA